AUGAGCACCGAAUGCAGCAGCUACUUCAACACCGGCAACAAUUUGGUGGAUGCGUUCACCUGCCCUAAACCUGGAAAUGCCGCCGCUCGUUUCUGUUGUGGAUUUAAUGACUUGAAGUACUGCUGUGAUGACCCUAACAGCUUUUAUCCACAUGACUAUGCUUACAUGUGGUGGCUGAGUAUUUUGGCUCUUGCUGGCCUGUCUUUUGCAGCAGUGGUCCUUCUAGCUUUCCUCAUAACAGUCUGUGUUCUUUGCUACCUCUUUAUUGCUACCAAACCGAGUCGCCCUGACAACAACAUACCCUUAAGAGCACCUGCAGGCGACCCUCAGGAAGGAUCCAGCUUGACAGGAGCAGUCUGUACAUCUGGUCCGCAGGGAUUCCGAAAACACUUCAAGAGCAGCAAAUUACAUUCUGAUAACCAGCCUCCUGACCCGACGCGUCUGUUCCAGAGAUGUUUUAUAGCAAAUCUUACAGACGUGAGAGUGGAGAAUCCCUCGUAA